AUGGCAUCCCUCAUUCCUGGAGUACUAAUCAAGCUUCUUCAGACAAUAAACUCGAAAAAUGUCAAAAUUCGCGGCGAAUACAGGUCCGUUCUUCUCCAAGUGAUAAGCAUAGUUCCGGCCUUGAACGGAUCAGAACUGUGGCCAAACCAGGGAUUCUUCAUAAAGGUCUCGGAUUCUUCCCAUUCAACUUAUGUAUCACUACAAAAAGACGACAAUGAGCUUAUCCUGAAUAACAAGCUCCAACUCGGGCAGUUCUUGUAUGUUGACAGAAUGGAACCAGGAACUCCUGUCCCUUUUUUGGUCGGGGUUAGGCCGGUUCCAGGCCGACAUCCAUUUAUCGGUAACCCGAAAGAUUUGAUGCAGAUGACGGAAGAUACAUCCACAGGCCAGGAAAGCGAUGAAAAUUUGUUUUCACUGGAUCAACAACUUGCUCCACAACCAGCAACAGCAGCAAAAGAAGAUGGUUUAAAGAAGAAAAUUGUGAUCAAAGAGGAAAAAGCAGUUGUAUCCUCCAGAUAUAUGCAAGGUGUGUUAACCCCUAAUGCAACAAGAACAAAUGGAGCUGAUCAUGCAGAACCUGGUAAAAAGAAUUCACUACUGAAAGGGAAACAACAAGAGAUUAGAGGUCAGACACGACCUGUGACUCCGCUAAGAACUCGCCCAGAUGGAUCCACGGGAAAUAUUGAUGUUGAUACUUCAAUCGACAAAGCGGCUGGGUUGUCUUCUUCGCGAUUUUCAAAUGUAAAACAGUUGAGUAGCAGCAAACCAGCAGACAGCUCUCGUUCAAGUUCAUUGGCCACAAGCAAUCAUCAAGGCAAACCUCAACCUCAUGAUCAGGCCAUGACAAGCUGGUCCAAUUUGCCUUCCAACCUUCUCAAGAUCGGAAAGGGGUUGAUUAAGAGGAGAAAUUUGGCGACUUUAGUAGCCGCCGAAGCCCAGAAAGAAGCAUCUGCAGCAGCAAAUAUAGUCAAGUGCCUCAGCAUAUUUUCAGAUCUCUGCUCAACUGCCUCGCCUGGGGAACCCCACAUCUAUUUGUCAAUGUUCUUCACGCUGCACCAGCUAAUUGAUCAGCCAAAUGUUAUAACAACCACCGUACCUAAUGAUACAUCAGAUCACUUUGCUGCCAACUUAGCAGCAGUGCAAGGUAAAGAUCAUCAACCAAUCAAAAAGACAUUUUCCUCACCAAUAAGCAACAACAACAAGAUGAUGAAGCUUAGUAGCUCAGACAAGCUGGAAUGGGCAAAACUCGACAGUUUAGCAGAAAUCAAAGAAAUCAGGCAGGCUGUUUUGAAUGAAACAGAAACAUGGUUCUUGAAGUUUUUGGAAGAAGCACUCGAUGCUGGUUUCCGCGGCCGUAGUAAUAAUCAGAACAUCAACAAAAGGGGAAGCAAAGACAGUGGCCAAAAUGCAAAAGCAAACCAAAUGGAUCCUGGUAACCAGAUUGCCCUGACAUUGUCACAGCUUAAGCACGCGAACGAAUGGCUGGAUCGACUCAGAAACAAUGCAGACUCAGAGAAAAAAGAUUUGGUGGCAGAAACUGUUGAGAGUAAGAAGUCCGUCAUAAGAUUGGUGGCAACUCGGGGAGCGCUUUCCGGUCCUAAUAAUUCUCAGGCUGAUGCUGCCUGGAGGGCUGCUACAUGGGAGCUUGGAAACAGUACAUGUACUCUUCAAUUUGGAACCAGGCAAUCAACUGGUAUUGAUUUUCCUCGGCAUGUGCUGAAUCAUGUUCAGAUGAGACAAGAGAUAAGUGCUAUCGGAAUUGUCCCUAAUGAUGCUUUUAAAAGGUGGGUUCUCCACUUGCCUUAUCACUAUGCGCCAUCUCGUAAAUCAUAUGCAGUUAAUGGAGCUUUGCAUGGGCCUCUUGGAGCAGUUUCUUUUGUUUUAGAGCCUAGUAGUAGGGGUUUUGGGACUGGUCCUCUCAUCAUCAAACCUCCAGAAGAGGUUAUCUCAUUUCCAAGAUAUGAUCGUCAUGGUAUUCCCUCUGAGGAGGAGAUAAGAGAAAUUCGACGGUUGUACGAGCCAUUUGUGGAGUUGUACAUGAAAUCGGACAAAAAUAAGCAGAAGAAGAAAGUUACUUGGGGGGCUCUCGCAGAAGCAAUUAUGCGAACUUCUUUGGAAAACAGACGUUCACUUCUUAAGCAGAUUCCAAAUAGAAAUUUGGAAAUUGUGGAUGAUAACUCUCUUAGCGAUGUGUGUCUGGUUUUUGAAAAACCAGACUUUAGUAACUAUGAUCUAAUGAUUAACACUAAAGCAACACCCCAAGAUAAUAGUCGCAAGAAUCAUGUUCAUUCCGUUAUUGUGAGAAAUACGAGGGGUGAUUUGGAAUUUUGGCACAAUGAAGUGAUAGAAAACGUCCACAUCCAUCAGGUGAAUUCUGAAAUGCAAGCAAUAACUCUAGCAGGACAAAUUCUUAGGAAGAAAAAGGAUCUGAAGAAUCUGAAAAUUCUGUUUCGGUCAAGUUGCGAGAGUGCUGUAAGGAUAGCAAAGUCUGGUUAUAUAAACAAUAAAAAAGGCGAAGCUUUUGUGAAGGUUUGUAGUGACUUGCACGAUGAAAUUCAUAAUUUGCGUAAAGAAGGUUGUGAGGUGGAGGUGGAGCACAUCUCGGCCGAGGAAAAUUUUGUGGCAGAUGCAGCUGGUCAUGCAUACUUUCGUAACAAGACUCAAGCAAACAUUGAUGGGAAAAUCAAUAGUGCUGUGAAGCAAAAGGCUGAAAUCAUUAAUGACAAUGCUGGCCAUGGAGCAUUUCUUCCUACUGGAAGCGCUAUCAAAGGCAGCUAG